GUCAACGCUUUUAUUUUUGAAACAGAAACCGGAAGCAGUCUGUAAGUGCUUAAUCUGCAUGUAACUUUACGCUCGUACCGGACAGCUGCCACACUCUGGACUCGGACUGAGCCGAACUGUCGUUCCUGUGAUGCCCCAGGGUGGGUUGAGCUGCUCGGGGUUGCGAUGCCUUAUGUGGACCGACAGAAUCGCAUCUGCGGCUUCCUGGACAUCGAGGAAAAUGAGAGCAGCGGAAGGUUUCUGCGCCGAUACUUCAUCCUGGACACCAAACAGGAAAACCUGCUGUGGUUCAUGGACAACCCACAGAAUCUGCCUAAAGGUGCAGAGAAGGUGGGAUCUCUCAAACUUACCUACAUCUCCAAGGUCAGUGAUGCAACCAAACUCAGACCGAAAGCCGAGUUCUGCUUUGUUAUAAAUGCAGGAAUGAGGAAGUUUUAUCUGCAGGCCAACGACCAGCAGGAUUUGGUGGAAUGGAUCAGUGUUCUCAACAAUGCUACCAAGAUUACUGUGCCAAAGCCAGACGAGGGCCAAACAACUGCAGAGACUACCCAAGACGUUCUUGGAGCCAUGAAGCAGGUCUCCUACAAGACUGAAAUUAUAGGAGGAGUCCCAAUCAUCACAGCUACCCAGGAGCAGGGGGAGGGGCAGACCGAGGGGGAGCGGGGAGGUUUGAAGAAAGGUCAAAAUCAGCUUCCCUACUUCCUGUCCAGAGGAGUGCAGGACCAGGCCAUCAAGGCCGGAUACUGUGUCAAACAGGGGGCUCUGAUGAAGAAUUGGAAGAGGAGAUACUUCAUGCUGGAAGAAAACGCUCUCAGCUACUACAAAUCUGACCUGGAGAGAGAGGCCCUGAGAGUCAUCCCUCUGAAGGAGAUUCACAAGGUGCAAGAGUGCAAACAGAGUGAUCUGAUGAUGAGGGACAACCUGUUUGAAAUGGUCACCAGUUCCAGGACCUUCUACAUGCAGGCUGACAGUCCAGAGGACAUGCACAGCUGGAUUAAGGCCAUCUCAGGGGCCAUCGUAGCUCAGCGAGGCCCCGGACGCUCCGCUAACACUAUCCGUCAGGCCAGAAGGCUGUCCAGCCCUUGUAUACCGAGGUAUACGCCAUUCUGCAGUGGUGAAUGCAGCACGAACACAGUGGCAACUCCUCCCCAAUAUCAACAUCCUCCACCUUCUACUACCCCCUCGACACGGAUCUACCCUCCCCAGAACCCCCCACUGGCCCCUCACCAGCGGGCCCUCAGCUUCACUCUGGACCCCCACCACCAGGACAACUUCCUGGGUCUGCUGCCGUGGAGGCUGAGCGGCGGUCCGCCCUCUGCGCGCUCCCGCCUGUCGCUGCAGGAGACCGUGCACUCCUCCAAGUAGCAGAGGAGGAUCAGUCACCAUGGAAACGGCGCAGCGAAAUCGCCAGGCAGGGGAUUGUCGGCAGCGACGGUGACGAGGGGCUGAACGGUCGCACCAUGGAGAAACCUGGCCUCCAGAUGACCCUGAUCUGAGGACGCUGAGGUCUCUAAAGGAAACACUCACUUCCUCCAUGAUUGGCUCCUACAAACCUUCCUAGGAUCUUUGUAUGUGUGUGCACUCGUGGAAUAGGACCUGCUGUUUUCUUUCCUUCACUAUCGUCUUCCCCGGAUAUUAUUUACACAUUGUGAUGCAAGGAAAUCAAAUUGUAGAUAUUGUUUAGUGACGUUUUUUUCAAUGUUUUAGUAGCGCUCAUUAACCCCGCUGGUUUCAUGAAGCAUGUUAGAGACAAACCAAAGUUGUGCCGUUGUUUCGUGUCGUUGCAGCAGCAGCUUCUUCAAACUCUGGAGGUGUGAGACGCCUGUGUGGACUCCACUGUCUCCCUGACUAAUCCGGCUUCUCAGUUUCUUUUUCAAGACAAUCUCGCUUGAUGCUGUAAACUCUUUCAUUCUAAAUGUCCCUUUUUAAAAUGUGUUAUUGUCUCUUCUCUCUCGCCUAAUGUAGAAAAGGUAUUCAUGUUGGUGUUAUGGCUCUUUAAAGCUCCAAAGUUUAAAUUCACAGAGGGUGCAUUUCUGCUUUUCAUUUGUAUGCCCAAAAAUGUUACCUUUGUUGACAGAUGAUGUUUUAGAGGGAUUUAAAUCAGCAUUUCUGAAAAGAAAAACAGUUUUGCAUAAAGAAUUAGGAACUUAAAAACGUUCCUUUUUAAUAUAUAGGAAAUCAUAGAUCACCAACUGUUUUCACAAGUGGUUUUCCGCUUCCUGCUUCUGUUUCAUUUCAAAUUAGAGUGAUUUUUGGCCGGUCUAUAGACCAAAUGAUUAUUCAAUCAAUCAUCAGAUUUAAUCAAUGAUGAAAAUAAUCCUGGUUGCAGCCCUAAAAUGUAUCAACGACUUAUGUGGCUUUAGUAAAAGAGUUUAAGAGCUGCUUUUAUUCACCAGCUUUACUCACCUCCCGCACUGUGUCACCGUUCCUUUGUAACUCCACCAGAUGUUGACGUAUUUGUGUUAAUAAUCAAAAUUGUUCAUCUGUUAAAUAUUUUUUCUGGACUGUUGGGAGUUGAGAGCCAAUGAUUUACAGACGUUUUCCUGUUUUGUCAUGUUGGGCUGGUUGUGGGUGUUUUUCAGUUUUUAUUGAUUUCAGUAUUCACAGUGAUGAGAUGCUUUCUAAAGGAUAUACAUGUGUUGUUUACUGACUUUUAUGAACACGUGUGCACGGCUGCAUGCACACAACCCCCCACUGCUGUGUUCCUGUUUAACAAGGAUGGGUAAAGUGCCUGCGUUGUUAUUUCUAAAGAGUUGAUAAAAGAUUUGAGCUGUUCCCUUUUUAUUGUGAUUCUAAGACCAUGUGCUCCGUUUAUUAAAAUACAAAUUUGUUAUAACUGCA